AUGUCCAUGCAAACCUUGAAGAAUAACAAUGGAGGAAGUACUUUUUCUUCGGAUCAACCACCAAUUUCUUCUGAUAAGAACUCUUUCAACAACACUAACAAUAUUACAGUUGGAUAUUCUUCAUCGGGUUUAGCAUCAUCAACACCUAAACUAUCAACCUCCUCGUAUCCUGUGGUUACAUCAUCAUCAUCAAACACUCCACAUCACAAAAAGAACCUCACCCCUCUUACAACAGCACUUACUUCCAACAGUCAUCAAGAACGAAAACAUCAUCACAGCAGAAAGGAUCACACGAAUGUAAAUAAUACUACUUAUUAUACCCCUAGUUCGAAUAAUGGAUUAAAUAAUAACAAAAGCAACGAUUACGAGAAAUUAUCCCGAAAUAACAACAACACUACCAUCAUGGUGACUCCUCCUCAAAAACCACAGCAAUCUUCAACUGUACAACACCCAACAAAAUCUCCCCUAGUUGAAUCUCAUCGAUAUUCACGGCAAGCUCAAACGUUGCAUGCUUCUGCACAAUAUGACAAAGCCGCUCGGUGUAGCAGAAAAGCACUUUCGGUGUUAGAGAGAGCUAAAAAUUAUACAUGUGACAGUAAUGCACUUGAAUCAAUAGAUUGGAUGGCUUCGCAUUAUAGAAGCAACUAUCGAUAUCAAAAGAACAUGUUUGAGGCUGUCACAGCACCCUAUGGAAGUACCAUUAGCAACGGAGGAAGUACAAACAACAAUUUCUCUAACAAUAAUUCACAACGAACACGAUCACAGCCCAGAAAAAACAAUGUAGUGGUCACAGAAAAAUACGGAGAUCGUCAAGUAAUUAUGCCAAACGAAGAAGAUUUAGGGGAGAGUAUGAUUGGAGAUUUGGUAAUGACCCCUUUCAACAACACACCGACUCCAACGACUGCAUGUACAUCACUUUAUUCUGAAUUAUAUGCCAUGUUUAUUCAUCCAUGGCUGCAAUAUCAAAAGGUUUUGGAGGACUGUUCGGAGAAUGCACAGCUUAAAGGCUUAUUUUCUAAAACAAUCAUGACUACUCAACAACGACUAUAUCAAUUAAUGCAAAAAACUCAAUCCUUAGAAGACUCGGAAAACAUGAACGCUAGUUCUGCUGUCUCACCUGUAAAUACAAGCACUGCAAUGCAUACUGACCUCUCCAAAAAGCUUCUCUCACUUACAUACUCGCUGAAUGCAGACAAAGCUACUCGCCUCUCCCAACAAAUACUUAAAAAAGAUAGAGAAGUGGAAUUAUUGAAACGAAAAAUCAAGGAACAACAAGACAUUAUUUCACAACACGAAGAGAACUGGAGACUCAUGAAAUUAGAAGCAGAAAAAACUCUUGGGACGUCUCAAGAGAAAUAG